AAAUGUCUCGCCCGUGGAUUCGUUGACCGGACGAUUUGCUUCCCCUAUUUAUACAAUAAAAACAAUACAAAACCCUAUAACAGAGUGAGUCAGUCUGAAUCUGAUCCAAAAGGAAAAUAUCUUAUCUCCACCGAUCUCUUAUUAUUUAUUUCUCCAAAAAUUAGGUUGGGGUUUUUUUACUUCUCGUCGACGAACAAUUAAAUCGCUACGAGCUCCUUGUGACAAUCUUUUUUUUAAUUGAAUUAUAGAUUUUUUUUUUGACAAAAAAAAUUGAAUUAGGGUUUUGAGAGUGAACGUUUACAGAUCAGAGAGGGAAGGGGGUGGCGUGGUGGCGGUGGUGUGUUAAGGGGGCAUAGUAAAUAAAUAUGCGUAGGGAAACCGCCAUAGAAAAAUUUGUUUUGGUCCCUUAUUAUUAUUAUCUGACGCUGUUUUGUGGUGGAUUGUGCUCCCAUCGUUUGAAACGUUGGCGCGCUAGUCAUCUGUUCAGUUAACAUUAGGUUUUAUUUGCUCACUUUCCUUUUUUUGUGCCUUUUUUUGCUCUCUCUCUCUCUCUCUUAGGGUUUUUGUUUCCUGCUCUCUUCUAAGUGGAAUUUGUCGAGAAGUCAGAAACAGAGAUCGUGUUUCGAGGAUUUUAUUAGACUUGUUCAGUUCCUGUUUAUUGAUUUGGUGUUAUAAUCAACAUGAGCUCUCGUAGUCAUGCUGUUGGUGAUGUACUCGUGGAUGAACUCGAAAGCAAUCUUAGCAGGUUUGCAAGUUUAAAAGAUGUUGAAGAAGAAACGUAUACAUCUGAUGGGGAUGAUAACAGCGAUGCAGAAGAGGGAUAUGAACCAUAUGGGUCUCAACCUGUUAAAAAGUGCCAUGAUAAUUCAUCCUCUAUGGCUCCUUCAGAUGAAGAAGAUAAUGAACCCGAAACUGGGUUGCAACUAUUGUUCCCUGAGGAGUUUCCUCGCUUGAACUCAACCCGUUUGCUUAUUGUUUCUGCAAUGAAAGGUAGCCGAGAAAAACAAGGAGGGUCACCAAGGAAACUGACGGUGUCAUGGGCCCCAGAUGUGUAUGAUCCAAUUCCCAACUCCUUGUCUCACAGUGUUAAAAGCAAGCAAAAGAAGUCGUCUAGGAAAGAUAGAGAUAAAGAUAACAAUCACAACAAGAAAAAUGGAAAGAAAGGGCAGAAGGGUAGCUCAUCAAAAGGGCUAGGUGGCAAAGACAAGAAGCAAUUUCGCAAAUCUGGUGGCAGGUCUGACAAGUGCUAUAAAACAAUGGAUGCUCCUGAAGACACUGAUUUUGGUGUUGGGAGCCCGGACUAUUGUGGAAGUAGCUUCCUCAAAAAUUCAGGUGCCAAGUUUCAUUAUUCUGUCGCGGAGGCAUUAUGAGCAUGUCUUCAUUCACACAUCCUGUGUGUUGUUCUGAAGCUCUGUGAAUAAAUAAAGCUUCUAUCUGAUGACUUUAGUGUGAAGGUUUUGUUUAUUGGUCGUGAUCAUGACUUCGAGCACUUUGUUACCUACUCUGCAUCUAUUUUUGACACUGAUUUUAUAAAUUUUAGCUGGCACUGAUUCUUUCUGA